ACACAUAAUACUGACACUAGUCUAUCUCCAUAUAAAAUACCCUUGUAGUUAAUUAGCAUCUGUGCUUUCAAUGUGCGCAGUAGGAGUACUUAAAACAUACGUAGAAGAUGCUGAGAGGGCUGAUGAUACAGUCACGCACUGAGCUGUGGUGAGGCUGCUGCGUCAGGUUAUACUGGCUGGUCCCCAGUCCAGCAUCCCAGUUCUCACUGACACAUCUGCUGCUCUCCUACAGUCCGCUCAACAUGUCUUCAUAAAAGAUGGUCCACGCAUCGCUGUAAACCAGAUUUUCUGCUCUUGGUCGCACUGUGACAUAGGUUGACAGCCUGGACUCGGGGGAGCUGAAAAUGAUGUCCUCUUACUACCACCCUGUCAAGGAAGCAGACAUGGCGGCCAUGACCGAGCCGCUCUGCCUGGAAAGAGAUGUGUGUAGGGUGAUCGAGCUGCUGGACCGGCUGCAGCGGAGCGGGGAGCUGCCUCCUCCCAAACUGCAGGCCCUGCAGAGAGUCCUACAGAGCAAAUUCUGUGCUGCCAUCAGAGAGGUAUAUGAGCAGCUAUAUGACACUCUGGACAUUGCUGGAGGACCAGAGGUGCGAGCACAGGCUACUGCCAAGGCCACAGUGGCAGCCUUUGCAGCCAGUGAGGGCCAUGCCCACCCAAGGGUGGUGGAACUGCCAAAGACAGAGGAGGGUCUGGGCUUUAACAUCAUGGGGGGCAAAGAGCAAAAUUCCCCCAUCUACAUCUCCAGAGUGAUCCCUGGUGGGGUGGCCGAUCGCCAAGGAGGGUUGAAGAGAGGAGACCAGCUGCUGUCUGUCAAUGGAGUGGUAAGAAGCUCAGACCCACUGAGAGGAGAGAAGGAGAGCACGACCACCAGCAGUCACCAAAAACAGCUUCAGCUGGUGUAAGGCAUCGAUAUUGGCCAAAACCAGACAUGGACAGUGGUUUAUACCUCAAUGAGUGCAUUUUCAUGCACAAAAUAUUUAGGUGUUUGCCCUUAUUCUGAAGAAGACAAUAUUCCUAAUUCCAUAAUUUCAUUGUACCCUGUACAUUGACAAUAAAGUCUGUUCUAUUCUAUUCUAUUCCUACUAAAUUGUUUACUUGGCUAAUAAAAAUUAAUAUUUGACUGUUUACAUGCAGCUGUGCAUACUCAGAUUACGGUAAUCUGAUUACAGUGCCCAAACAUGUCAUUUAUCACAUCAAAAUUUGGAAAGGUGGAACAGCUGGAGCCAUUUGUCAUUUUGCCUCUUAAUAUCAAAGCAGGGUUUUCUUCAAAGUUUCCUACCUGUGGCAGACUUUCACCUUGUGAACACAGUCUCCCUUUUCAUUCCUUCAGCCUCCAUUCUUGAAAAGGUUGGCAUUGUGUCAGUGUGGGUUUUCUCCAGGUUCUCUGGCUUGUUCCCACAGUCCAAAGACAUGCAGUUUAAUUGGUGACUGGAAUCUGGCCAUAGGUGUAAAUGUGAGCAUGAAUGGUUGUCUGUCUCUGUGUGUCAGUCCUGCAAUAGUCUGCUGGUCUGUCCGGGGUGUUCUCCGCCUCUUGCCCAAUGUCAGCUGGGAUAGACUCCAGCCCCCCCGUGACCCAUAACAGGAUAAUUGGAUACGAAAAAUGAAUGAAUGAAAAAAAAAGCAAUUGAAUGGAGAAUCUCCCCUUUAUUUUAGUUAUUUUCAAAGGGAAGAAUUUUUACACACACUUCCAAUAACAAAAUGGUUUGAAGUUUCAAUUACAGUAAUAAAACAUUUACUCAACCACCCUUCCUUCAUUCCUUUAAGGCUCAUUUCAACUGAUAAUAUUAUAGAUUCUGUAAUACGGUGAUACCAUGAAACCGCAAUAUUUUCUGAGAUGGUUAUGGUACCAUGAGAAUCUUACACUGUUGCAAUCCUAGUUGGUUUGUGUUACAACAGGGCUGAUCAUAAAUAGGCAAGAGGCCAUGUUUGGCAAACUGUGGUAAAAACCCCAGUUGCAACACAUAAGGCCCGUUUCCACUGAAGAAGUUCCUGGUACUAUUUGGGGGGCAGGAACUACUACAGGAA